UCACCUGCCCUGUGUUACCUUGUUGCCUCUCCUCUCUCUCUUUUAUACCCCCUCCUCUCCCUCUCCUCUUCAGACCUAACUCGAGAUCUUGCAUUAUUGCAGAGUCGUAUGUGAAAAUGGCUGCAAUGGCGCAAGACCAGUUUGAGGCAGAUUUUAGAGAAGAGUUAUUUCAAAAGUAUCAGCAGUGUCCGAAGUGCUUGAUGCCAAAGAAUGUCUAUUAUAACACCAUUGAAGAACUAAAGACUGCAGCCCAGAACACAUCUUCCAAGUCUCGGCAUGGAUACUACAUUCUCCAAAAGUAUGAAGUUCUUCAGUGUGGAGACACUGAAAAGCUGAUCAAGAAACGCAAGAGUGUAGAUGAAUCGCCAGUCUACUAUGUGACCAUUGAGGAUACUUAUGACAUCAUCAAGAGGGCACACAUUGCAACAGGGCAUGGUGGACGUGACAAAAUGAAGAGCAAUCUUGGGGCAAAGUAUGCUAACAUCACAAAAGAAGCUCUUGAAUUAUUUAAGUCCUAUUGCAUCACAUGCCAAGAAAAGAGGAAGCGAAAUAAGACUGCUGGGGUUGUGAAGCCCCUCUUGAGCAGCGAAUUCAACUCCCGUGGCCAAGUUGACCUUGUUGAUAUGCAGUCAUUGUCACAGGCUCAGUUCAAGUGGAUCAUGGUCUACCAGUGCCACCUCACCAAGUUUGUCAUACUUCGAGCACUUACGUCAAAGAGAGCUGCUGAAGUUGCCUUUCAACUGCUUGACAUAUUCCUUCUGUUUGGAGCUCCUGCCAUACUGCAAAGUGACAAUGGUUCUGAAUUCACAGCUAAAGUAAUCUCAGAGUUGAAAGAACUAUGGCCACAACUCAUCAUGGUCCAUGGUAAACCAAGACAUCCACAAAGCCAGGGUUCAGUAGAACGAGACAAUGGUGACAUUAAGGACAUGUUGCAUGCAUGGAUGGCAGACAACAAGACACAGGAUUGGUCUGUUGGUCUUCGUUUUGUUCAACACCAAAAGAACUCUGCCUAUCAUUCCGGUAUCAAGCGCACUCCAUUCAAAGCAUUGUUUGGCACUGAUCCGAGGGUGGGUCUGGUAUCAUCGAGUCUUCCUCUAGAGGUCCUUGAAAGAUUACAGUCGGAAGAUGACUUGCUCGCCCGUCUUUGCUAGCCCUUCAGAAGAUGAUUUUUUGCUCAAGAUCCCCAGCCUCCACCAGCAUCUGCAGUACCAGCUCCCACCUCUCAGCCUACACCUGCUCAAGAUUGCCCGACCCCACCAGCAUCUGCAGCACCAGCUUCCACCUUUCAGCCUACACCUGCUCAAGAACCCCAGCCCCCACCAGCAUUUGCAGCACCAGCUCCCACCUUUCGGCCAACACCUGCUCAAGACCCCCAACCUUCACCUCUUACAAAACACCAGAGUGAGAUAACAGAACAGAGGAAGAGGGCCAGGGAGGCGCAACUCUCCCAGGCUGAACGUAUGGUGAAACGCAGCCGGAUAGACUUCAAGGUAGGGGAAGAAGGGUACAAUUUAGCUGUGCCCAUCCCCAUGGUGGAUAGGGGAAGGGGAGAUCGACGUAACAUCCUCGGUGUUAUCAUUGGCCGCAGUAACAAUGAUUUGUACACAAAAGCCGUGAAGAAUGGGAUUCUGAAGGCCAAGUAUUCCCGCAAUCAGUUUGAUAUUUGUCCUCAGAGACUUCUUACUCUGUCUGAUAUCAACCAAGAAGACGUGGUUUCCCUACGACAGGCUCUGAGGAAAUCAACUACUGGUGGACAAAGAUUUGUUAAAUGUGAUUGUGCUGCAAGUAAGAAGCGUUGUACUAGCAGAUGUAAAGAUUACAAGGCUAAUCUCAAGUGUAAUAGCCGUUGUCAUAUGUCGAAAUAAGUAAAUGUCAAAUUGUCGUCUAAAAUUUGUUGAUGUCCGUGAUUUGUAUGUACUUGACUGUACCUGUGUAUGUAUUUCACCUGGAAUAAAGUUUUUUAAAUUAGGUA